AUGGGUAAAUUACUGAGUGUGAUCGUGUUUAUUCUAGUCAGUAGUUGUUUAAGUUUAAAAGGGGAGUUGUUAAUGAGUUACUGUGCUAAUUGCGCGAAUGGAGACCUGAGUGUGACUGAGUUGACUCAGGCGCGGAUAGAGUUCGUGAAGCAGCAGAUUUUGAAGAAGUUGCGGUUGAGUAAGAAGCCGGCAGUGGCUCUGCCUGUGAACAGUCUGCCGAUGCCAGUAGCGCAGGGUCAGACCCUGAGUGAAGGAACCAGCAAGCCACCAGAGUUCGAUGACUAUUACGGUCGAACUGAGCAGAAGAUUAUAUUCCCAGUUGAAGGUGAAUGCCUGACGUCAGGGAGGUAUCCAUUCAAGUGUCUGCAGUUUGAACUGCCUCCUGAUGUGGAGCCUGAAGAUGUCAACGUGGUCGAGUUGUGGUUUUAUAAGGAACGCGAUCCACUAGACGAAUACAACCAAACCUUCGUGAUAUCAGAAGCAGCGCACUGGGACAGCCAGCAGCAGUUUAAGAAGACCAAACCUAUAGCCAUCAAGGAGACCAAUAUUGGUGAAGGCUGGGUGAGAGUGGAGCUGGCGUGGGCGGUCAGAGUAUGGUUAGAAGGCAGGGAGAGGCUGCACACGCUGCAUGUCGCUUGUAGAACUUGUCAGCUACGCCGAGCCCCUCUCUCCUUUCACGAGAAACACAGACCAUUCCUGGUCCUCUACACCAAGUAUGCUGGCAAAAGAAGAAGAGGGAGAGCUCUGGAAUGUGGAGCCACCACCAGCGAGUGCUGCAGGGAACCGCUGUACGUGAGCUUCAAAGAACUCGGCUGGGAUGACUGGAUCAUCAAACCUGAUGGCUACCACGCAUACUUCUGCAAGGGAUCCUGCACCCCGAUAUCUGCGUUAGCAAAUACUGAUAGUUAUCAUCAUAAUAUUUUAAGAAAACUCUAUGAGGCAACUAACAAAAAAGCAGAGUUCAAGCCAUGCUGUGCCCCCACUACGUUUAGCUCUCUACAAUUACUCUACAUGGACUCUACUAACACUGUCACGCAGAAGACUCUACCCAAUAUGGUGGUAGAGUCGUGUGGAUGUAUGUGA